UAUGCUGCAUGUCUUUCAGAAUAAACCUAAAAAUCGAAACAAAGGGGUCCAAAUCCAAAAUUUGCGAAAUGUCGGAGACGAAGGCCGAGAGUAAGAGCAAAAACCCUAAAAAGGCCAAUCUGUCAGAUCACAGCUCCAUCAAGCACCUUCUCGACGAGUCUGUCUCCGAGAUUGUUAAGAGCCGCGGAUAUGUGGAGAAUACGAGGUUAAGUAACUUGAAGUUGUUGAUUGGAGCCAUUGUCAUAAUCAUUGCUCUAUUUGCUCAGUUCUACAACAAGAAAUUUCCAGAGAACCGAGACUUCCUGAUUGGAUGCAUUGCAUCGUAUAUCAUCGUCAAUGGGAUAUUACAGGUGGUUUCAUACACUAAGGAGAAAAAUGCAAUCUUGUUCACUCAUCCUCCUGUGGGAGCCUUCAGCACUGGGUUGGUGGUGUCUUCCAAAUUACCAAGAUUUUCUGACUUGUACACACUUACAGUAGCAAGUGCGGAUCCAAAAUCAAUAUCUGCAAACAAACCGGUGGAAUUCACGAAGAGUGUUACUCAGUGGUUUACCAAGGAUGGAGUAUUGGUGGAAGGCCUGUUCUGGAAGGAAGUAGAUGGACUGAUAAACGAUUAUGCAAGAGAACCCAAGAAGAGCAAGUGAAUUUCGGCUUUGCGGAGACCCCAAUCUGAUUCAGUUCUCAUACAGAAUGAACUCUUUAAAGUGUUGUGAUUUUUGCAUAAAAUGUUGGUAGCCACAAUGAAUUUGAAAGACACUCUACUCCAUCAUUUAUAAUGAACACUGGGGUUCCAAACCUAUUUUGUACGUAGACCUUUCAAUUUGACUCCAGAUUGACGACUA